GCCUGUCAUACUCAUAGUAGCUUAAUAGCUUUCGCUACCCAAGUGUACCAACUAUAGAUAUUAUCUUGUGAGGGGUACUCACAUAAUUUAAAAUCCCAACCAACUUUCACUCAGUUAAUUAGAAAUUGGUCGUCCAUGGACAACCUCGCCAGCCAAAUCUUCAACUGAAGUUGAUCAUGACUCCAGUAAUAGUGUAUCUGAUCAUCUCACUUUCCUUCCUCAUCUUCCAAUUCUGCACACCAUUAGACACCAUAACCCCAACCAGAUCCAUCAAAGAUGGUGACUUUAUCAUCUCCAGUGGACAAAGCUUCGCUCUUGGGUUCUUCAGUCCUGGUAAUUCUACCCGUCGCUAUGUGGGUAUUUGGUAUCACAAAGUUACACAGCAAACUGUAGUUUGGGUUGCAAACAGAGACAGCCCUCUCAAUGAUACCUCGGGAGUGCUCUCAAUCAACGCUCAAGGAAAUCUCGUCCUCCACCAAAACAAUCAAACGGCUCCAAUUUGGUCCACCAAUUCCUUGGUGUCGUUGAUGAACAACUCUGAAGCGAAGCUUCUGGAUUAUGGGAAUCUUGUUUUGCUUCAGAGUGAUACCCAGAUUGUCUUGUGGCAAAGCUUUGAUUAUCCGACUGAUACUUUGCUUCCAUUCAUGAAACUGGGAUUGGAUCGAAGAACCGGAUUCAAUCGGUUCUUAUCUUCUUGGAAGUCAAAGGAUGAUCCGGGAACUGGAUCUUGUACAUCUAAAAUUGACCCAACUGGGUACCCUCAGCUAUUUCUGUAUAAAGGUUUGGCCCGAUGGUGGCGACCCGGCCCAUGGACCGGCGAAAGAUGGAGUGGCAUUCCCGAAAUGACGCGUAACUACAUCUUCAACUUUAGUUUUGUGAACAAUGAUCACGAGGUGUCCGUCGUAUACGCUGUAACUAGCCCGUCCGUCAUCUCCAGAAUGACAAUCAACGAGUCGGGUGUGUUGAAGCGGUAUACAUGGAAUGAUCAAAACCGUCAGUGGAUUAAUUUCUGGUCUGACCCGAAAGAGGAGUGUGAUUAUUACCAGAAAUGCGGGCCAAAUAGUUACUGUGACCCGUAUGAUGCGGUCCAGUUUGCGUGCAAGUGCUUACCUGGUUUUGAACCUAGAUCACCAAAAGAGUGGUACUUGAGAGACGGGUCGGGCGGGUGCGUGAGGAAGCAUGGGGUGUCGACGUGUCGAAGUGGAGAAGGGUUUGUGACGGUAGCACGUGUGAGGGUGCCUGAUACAUCAAUGGCACUUGCGGACAUGAGUAUGAGCACGAAAGUCUGUGAACAAGAGUGCUUGGGGAAUUGCUCUUGCAAUGCUUACACAAGUGCAGAUGUUAGAGAUGGAGGGUCUGGGUGCUUGGCAUGGUAUGGGGAUUUGGUGGACACGAGAACCUAUUCAGAAGGUGGACAGGAGCUCUACGUACGAGUGGAUGCCGUGGAAUUGGCUCAAUAUGCAAAAUCCAAAGGUCCUCUGGCAAAGAAGGGAAUACUAGCAGUUCUGAUAGUUUCUGUCGUUGUAAUGUUCUUUCUCGUGGUCUUCUUUUUGUCUUGCUUGGUGAUCAAGAGAAGAAAAAGGAGAGGAAGAAAAUCUCAUAUUAGUUUUAAUGCAACAUACUUGACCGAUUCUACGCAUGGAGGGGAGCUUGAUGAAAGUAUAGGAAACAGAGAUUCCCCGUUCUUUAGUCUUGGUGCCAUUGCUGCUGCCACAAACAAUUUCUCAGCUGACAACAAGCUUGGUGAGGGUGGUUUUGGCCCUGUUUAUAAGGGUCUGCUGCAGAAUGGUAGUGAGAUUGCGGUUAAAAGACUAUCAAAAUACUCUGGACAAGGAAUUGAAGAGUUUAAGAAUGAAGUGGCACUGAUUGCAAAACUCCAACAUAGGAACCUCGUCAGGUUGCUUGGUUGUUGUAUCCAAGAUCAAGAAAAGAUGUUGAUAUAUGAAUAUUUGCCAAACAAAAGCUUGGACUUUUUCAUUUUCGAUGAAAUCAAGAGAUCCCUAUUAGAUUGGAGAAAACGAUUCGAGAUUAUUUGCGGCAUUGCUAGAGGGAUCUUAUAUCUUCAUCAAGACUCAAGACUAAGAAUCAUCCAUAGAGAUCUGAAGGCCAGCAAUGUUCUGCUGGAUGCUGAAAUGAAUCCCAAAAUAUCAGAUUUCGGAAUGGCUAGAACUUUUGGGGGAAAUCAAAUUGCAGCAAAUACGAAUCGCGUUGUUGGAACAUAUGGAUAUAUGUCACCAGAGUAUGCAAUGGAAGGCUUGUUUUCGACAAAAUCAGAUGUAUAUAGUUUUGGAGUUUUACUCUUAGAGAUCAUUACAGGUAGCAAGAACAGCAAUUACUAUCACGAGCCUACAUCUUCAAAUUUGGUUGGACGCGUGUGGGACUUAUGGAAGGAAGGCAGAGCAGUAGAGAUAGUUGAUCCAUUAUUGGAGGAGUCGAGCUAUGUUCAUGAAAUCUUGAAAUGCCUUCAAAUUGGAAUCUUAUGUGUGCAAGAACUCCCGAACGAACGGCCAACCAUGUCAACUGUAGUGUUCAUGUUGGGUAAUGAUACAAGUCUUCCUUCUCCGAAGCGACCUGCAUUCAUUUUUAAGAGAAGUUACAAUAGUGCAGACCCAUCAACAAGUACUGAAGGAGUUAAUUCUGUCAAUGAGGUUACAGUUACAAUGAUGGAAGCUCGGUAGAGGUCUUAAUCCUGGAAGACAAUAUAGUUUGCAUAAGAAGCUGCUACACAUAUGUAUAUUGGCAUCCUAUUAACUGUAUCUAAAACAACGAUGUAUAUGUAUUUCUUUUGGGCAAGUCAAUGAAAAUUGAAAGACAGAUGCAUGUAUGUAA